AUGGAGAUGACUUGGAGGAAUUUACAUCAUUUAGUCAACAGCGACUCCAACUAUCGUAAUACUUGCCUGAUAAUCCGGUCUUUGAAAGCUCGUCAUGGUUUGGUGGAUGAUACACGAAUAUCCUUCAUUACAUCCUCUACCAUGUCUCAGUCUUCUGACUAUGAUGAUCCACAGCAUGAGAACCAUAGUGCACUAAAGCGGCACAUUGCCACUUUAGAGGAGCAAAACGCUGAGCUCCGGGGAGAAUGCAGUAAUAAAUGCCGUGGUGAUCCUUAUCUUCUUGCUGGGCGAGCCAUUCGGCGGCUUGUGAGCCUAAAUUACAGAGUUGAGGAUCUCGUUGGAGAAUACGACCGAAGGACCACUCUAUGUGGUGAAGACGAUGUACAACACACGGACAAGGAGGACCGUAUCUAUGAUUCGUUUGAGCAGUUACAGUGUUGGGUCCCAUGCGUCCACGACCUCAUCUACUCCCAGAGUGAUGGAUAUCAACUCAACAGCACCUAUCAGAAACUCAAUAGAGGCGCAUAUUCGGCCCGUGGCGAUGAUGCUGCUUCCUUGAAGCUAGCAGUUGCUUCUUGGCUGAACGAGAAACAGCCUACCCCCAACCCAGCGAUCUCCUCACAGGACAAGUCUGGUUGUGGAUUCUAUCAUGAUGCUACUGCAGAACUUAUUUGUCCUGUUGACUUUAACUGGGCAGAUAAGAGAACACAGGACGGGAUACGAAACUAUGACCAUAACUUCCAAGUUACUGCACACUCUUGGCCAACAUUCAUGUACCAGGAUGACAGGUAUGAUUGUGAGGACCCAACAAGAGGGCUUUUCAAAGGUGCUUUACUUGUCCGAACGUUCAAACACAUCUUCACAUCCCCUAGCUCUGCCGGUGAGACCCAACCCGAUGAAGAAACAUUCCACCAGGAACCUUUAUACAAGCGGUCGAGGACCUCAGGAGAAAGACGCACCAGGUCUGAUGUUGCGGCAUUAUUAGGAAUGCAAUCAGUUCACCCACGGGCUAUCGCAUAUUCAGCAGUCCAGUUGCGAUUUGCCUUGUCAAGCUGCGGGUCCUGGCGAAUUGUCGAUGAUGAAUUUGAUCACUACCAAUUUUACAAUUAUAUGAUCAAUUAUUUCGAACGUCCGCCAACAUCUGCAGCCAAAGUCUCUGUUGAAAAUCUUCUCGUUUGGUGGAACCGACAAAUCUUCGGCCCUUCCAAUGUGUCCUCUUACUCGCCUCAGGUUGUAGUGCAAUACUCGGUUGCCAACACUUCUGCCAGACGCUAG